CAUGAGCGGGCCUGUUGACUUUCAUAACAUCCAUAUCCUAUCAUACAUAAUUACCCUCGUCCUUUCAUACGUCCAUAUUGCUUCAACGGCGCGGCAUCCUGUGCUGCUGGGAAGACGCACCUGGUGUGUUGCCUACGUUAAUCACACUCUCGACGAAAUAGCAUAUCAAGCUCCCGAGUUGACUGGAUCGAUUUUGUCCACCAUGGCAGACUCGUCGCUCAAGGAGCGUCUCCUCAAUUCACAGAAGGCCUUCGAUGGCUUGCUGUCCCUCAUCCCCGCCAAGAUGUACUAUGGUGAAGAUACAAGUGAUCAGUGGCAACGAAAAAAACAGACCAAAGCACAAGCUGCCGAGGCGAGACGAAACAAGCUCGAUCCCGACAGCGCAUUAAAUCGAAGUGCUAAGGAGGUCAUGGACGAGCAAGCCAGAAAGAAGCGGAAGCACGAACAGAUGCAAGACGGCGAUGACGACGAGUGGUCAGAAGUUGAAGGCAUCGAGACAGAGAAACCCCGCCAAGGCAUGAAACAGAAGACUGCCAAGGAAUCAAAAAAGAAACAAAAGCAGGAGGCCGAAGAAGCCGAAGUGGACAAGAAGGAGCGGCGGAAAGAAGAAAAGAAAGCGGCGCGGAAAGAACGGAAGGCAGAACGACAACGCUUACGAGAAGAGGAGGCUGAGUUCAACCGGAGAACUGUCAAGGGUGUCAAUAAGAUCAAACUAGGCAAGCGAGAAGACAAGUCGAAGACGGUACCGGACGACGAUGCAUUACAGUCCAACUCUGCACAUGAGAACCCCGCUCUAAACGGAGGAGACCUGGCCGAAGCAGACGGCCAUGCGGUAGAUCCCUCUUCGGAUGCUGAUAUAGCCCACGACUCCGAGUCCAUGGCAUCUCCAACUGAUACCCCACAAUCCCCCGUGUUCGAUAUGAAUGGAACACCGGCCGAUUCUACGGGGCAGGCCCCUAGCGUCACAACAUCUGUUUCUUCCACCGAUCCAGCAACCGAGAAGCCGAAGCAUAUUAAGAUACCUGCAGACAGCGCUGCACUGCGCGCUCGCCUAGCUGCCAGAAUCCAAGCCCUCCGGGAGGCUCGGAAAGCUGACAGCAAACCAAUCCGGACACGUGAGGAACUAUUAGAAUCUCGACGUCAAAAACAAGCAGAACGCAAAGCCCAUAAAAAGGAACUAAGGCGGCAGGCUAAGCUAGAAGAAGAACGGAAGCGCGAGGAAGCACUGGCGUCGGCGCGCGAGUCCCCGGGAGGUAUUCUCAGUCCGAAUAUCGAACUUGAUGAGCAGCACAACUUUGCAUUUGGUCGUGUUGGAUUUGGAGAUGGCUCACAGUUGUCCCACGACCUCACUCAUGUUCUCAACAGAAAUGCUAAAAAGGGGCCAUCAGACCCUAAGACAGCACUUUUGAAAUUUGAGAAUCAGAAAAAACGGUUAGAAGCAAUGGAUGAAGAAAAGCGAAAAGAUGUUGAAGAAAAGGAGGCCUGGCUUACUGCCAGACGACGAGCAGAAGGAGAAAAAAUCAAGGAUGACGAGAAGAUGUUGAAAAAGGCUGUUAAGCGAAAGGAAAGCGCUAAGAAGAAAAGCACCAAGGAGUGGGCGGCGAGGAAGGAGGGCGUCGCAAAGAGUAUCAAGGACCGACAGAACAAGAGGGAAGAAAAUAUCAAACAGCGUCGAGACGAGAAACUGCUCGGCAAGGCUGGCAAGAAGAAGGGCGCGAAGAAGACUAAAGGCCGAGCUGGAUUUGAAGGCUCUUUCAUGGGCAAGAAACGGUGAUAGUUGCUGUCAACCUAAUGAAUCUGUUUCUAGCAUGGGAACUAUAUUUCGGAUCGUGAUGAAACUGGCCCUGUGUAUAUAUGAUACCCUCCCUCUUUUAGGCUAGGAGACGGUGAAUCCAGGCCUUUACAAUUGUGUUCCUCUUGACUUGAAGGUCUAUUGCUUGACACCACCAUUAUCUUCAAUCGUCACAACCCAUCAUUGCCAUAUCUCGUCUCCCAUACCAAGGAAAAUGUUUACCGUUUGCCACAAUUAUAUGGGACAAACAACCAUGGCCAGAUUUCACUGAGGAUUCCCAUCCAGCAUUCAUUUAGCAGUACAUGGAACUUAAGGAUGAGUUUGAUUUGCUCCUCUCUCUCAACGUGGUUUCUGCAAUCUACAAUUGACGACAUCAACCAUAUGCUCAUAUUAGGUAGAGCACACACACGCCAUAUGCUAAAUCAUAAGUUAAUCACUCCUGAUCCUGCAAAACGUGAACAAAAAAAAAAAAAAAA